GCGUCGCACCAGAUCCUCGUCAUCGGCGCGACCAACCGGCUCGCCGCCCUCGACACGGCGCUCACCCGCCCGGGCCGAUUCGACCGCGUGGUGCCGCUGCCGCUGCCCGAUUCGACGGGACGCUUCCACAUCCUCUCGGUCCACUGCCGAAAGUGCCCCGUGGCCGAGCCGCGCGAGACGAUCCUCCGCGUUGCCACCGAGACGGAGGGCUUGUGCGGCGCCGAGCUGGCCAACCUCGUCAACGAGGCCGCGAUCCGAGCCACGCGCCGCGCCGCCACCUGCGUCGAGGCGGUCGAUUUCGCAAGCGCGCUCGCC